AUGUCCCCCACACUCGCCGCCGCCCCCGGUGCCUGCUGCUUCUCUGGUGUAAAACAUACAGGCACACCCGUUGGCCGCAUCGAGGACCUUGGUGGGAUCCAAACAUACAUAUCCGAUCCUCCUGCUUCUGCUACAACACAGAAAGUGAUACUCUUCCUGUCAGACAUUUGGGGAUCGCUUUUCGUGAACAAUCAGUUGCUCCAAGAUUAUUUCGCGUCUUGCGGCUAUCUCGUCCUUGGGCCGGAUUACUUCUUCGGUGACUCCGUGCCAAACCACCCGCCUGACCGCGAUCUCGAUACGUGGCUUGCAAAUGCACUGAAACCUGCUGUCGACGCGUUCCCAGCUUGGCUAGAGGCCGUGAAAGCAAAAUAUGGGAAUGAGGAAACCAAGUACUGCGCUGUCGGGUACUGCUUUGGAGCACCGUUCGUCAUGGACUUGUGUUCUGACGGAUCUGUAGUUGCUGGAGCUCUCGCUCAUCCCACAUUCAUUUAUGAAAGCCACUUUGAGAAACUUGACGGACCUCUCCUUCUCUCAUGUGCAGAGGAGGACCAUUUAUUCCCUCUCGCCUCUCGUAGACGAGCAGAAGAUAUUUUGGUCGCCCGUAAAUGCACGUAUCAUUUCCAGGUGUUUUCAAGUGUCAAGCAUGGGUUUGCUGUACGAGGCGAUCCUGGCGUUGAGACGGAGCGCUGGGCAAAGGAGGAGAGCGCUAGGGGGAUUGUGGGCUGGUUUGAUCGGUUUACGGUCUAG